GCCAUGGGGCUGCCGUGGGCGGCUGGGCGCGCCGAGGGGGCGCCCGCGCGGCUACCGCUCGUGCUCACGGCGCUGUGGGCCGCGGCCGUGGGCCUGGAGCUGGCUUACGUGCUGGUGCUGGGUCCCGGGCCUCCGCCGCUGGGACCCCUGGCCAGGGCCCUGCAGCUGGCGCUGGCCGCCUUCCAGCUGCUUAACCUGCUGGGCAACGUGGGGCUCUUCCUGCGCUCGGAUCCUAGCAUCCGCGGCGUGAUGCUGGCCGGCCGCGGCCUGGGCCAGGGCUGGGCGUACUGCCACCAGUGCCAGAGCCAGGUGCCGCCGCGCAGCGGGCACUGCCCUGCCUGCCGCGUCUGCGUCCUGCGCCGGGACCACCACUGCCGCCUGCUGGACCGCUGCGUGGGCUUCCACAACUACCGGCCCUUCCUGUGCCUGCUGCUCCACGCCGCGGGCGUCCUGCUCCACGUCUCCGUGCUGCUGGGCCCCGCGCUGGCAGCGCUGCUGCACGCCCAGGCGCCCCUGCACACGGCCGCGCUCCUGCUGCUGCCCUGGCUCAUGCUGCUCACAGGCAGAGUGUCUCUGGCCCAGUUUGCCCUGGCCUUCGUGAUGGACACGUGCGUGGCGGGGGCGCUGCUGUGUGCGGCCGGGCUGCUCUUCCACGGGAUGCUGCUGCUGCGGGGCCAGACCACGUGGGAGUGGGCUCGGGGCCAGCACGCCUACGACCUGGGCCCCUGCCACAACCUGCAGGCCGCCCUGGGCCCUCGCUGGGCCCUCGUCUGGCUCUGGCCCUUCCUGGCCUCCCCACUGCCCGGGGAUGGGAUCACCUUCCCGACGGCGGCGGAGGUGGGACUCGCCGCUUCCUGACCCCAGGAAGGGCCCGAGCUGCACCGGGACGAGGGGUGGGGGAGGGGGAGGCAAGUUGGGCCUUGAUGCCUGCAGUGGGCAACGCCAGCUCGGCCUUGGCCUUGAUCUUACCCCUGCCCCGCGCAGGCCCUGCGGCUCAGGGGCGGCUGGCACGCGGCGGCCAGGCCGGCCUCGCUGCCCUUCUGCCCGGCUAAUCAGCUGCUGACUUCCCUGCUCACUGCCCCCACCCCCACUCCCGUGCUCACUGGGUUUCCGGUCCGUCCCUAAGCUGGGGCUGCUGUUUCUGGUUGCCCCGACUGUCAGGCCUGAGGGUCCCAGGGGCCAGGGCUCCCCUCCUCGGGCAGCUGCUGGGAUCCGGCUGUGGGAAGUCCGGCACUUCGCCAGCUUCACGCAGCCUCCCAGCUAACCGGGACCACUGGGCAGCGUUUCCCCUCAGUCGGUGGGUGAGAAUCUUACAGCUCCGUGAGAUCCUGGGGUCGCAGUGGAGGGGGCGGGGCCAGAGUGAACCCAGCCCCCCAGCCUGGGAGGCAGCAGGUUAUGGCUCAAGGAGUCCGGUGUCUGCUCCACUCCAGGUCUUUGCUUUCGGCUUCACUGUGCGCAGCUGCUGGCGGGGCGGGGUGGGGUGGGGGGUGCCGAAGCCCCAUGACGCCUGCUCCUCCUGCUCCUCCAGCUCCCUGGUAACCAUUCCUGCAUAGACUGCAAGCAGCCGGCUCCGUGCGGCCGGCGUAAACCAGAGCUUUCUCCUAGAGUCUCUCUAAAAUGAUAGUAAAGAGAUACACACACACGCAGCCAGGGAGGGAAGCGAGAGGGGAGGCAGCAGCAGGCCCCCCAGAACCCUGAGAGGCUCAGGAACCCCGCCAGUGGCGGGGAAGGGGAGGCGAGGCCGGGGGCCCACGGUGGGGAUGAGUGGGAGCAGGGAAGGGGCAGCUCCGGUGCCCUCCUCCCCCCAGACCCCCCCUCACCCCCAAGGGUCUCCCUUCUGGGGCGAGAAGGGGUGGAAGAGUUGUUUGCAGGAGAAGCAGGGUUACUGGGGGAGGGAGGGGGGAGGGCCUGGGCCCUGAACAGGGUUAAGUCCACAGAAAAUGCGGGGCGGUCCUCCUUCCAGCGGGCUUGACCGAGGGCCCCCUUGUUUGAAAUUAGAGAGAUGCCCCAUGAGCCUCCCAUUGGCUGCUUCACUCCCCACAUGCCCGCAACCACCCCGGGCCUCCCACCCGAGCGCUGCCCCGAGGUGCACGUGAACAGGAAGUGGAGAAGGCACUUGGACCCAGACACCCUCCUGUGGACCUGGGUGUCCCAACCCUCGGCUUAACCUCAGGGCCAGGCGUGCCGCAGGGCCCUCAUAGCAGGGAGGAUGGAGCUCCGGGGUCGCUGGCCAGUCCGCGGUGUCUCAGCGAUGCUGGGGACUCGGUGUGCCAGGCUCCCGGUGCUGCACGGCAGCACUGGCAGACCUGCCCGACGCCCGCUCCCUGCCAUCCCUCACGCCCCGGGAUAUCUUCACGAUUUUCAUUCCAUGGUGAGGAGCUGCAAGAUUAUUUGUAAAACAACCCCUCCCCGGCCCGUGAGGGUCCCGGCUGAGCCCUCCCUGGCGGGGGGAGGGGGACACUGGCCGUGCCAGUUCCCUUGCUUUGCUUUUCUGACAUGGGUUUGUACUGCUUUUGCAUGGUUUUGUAUUUUACACGAACGGACCCCCCGGGUUUACUCUCCUACGCCUUGCCUUUGCCUUUUCACUUCCUGCUGUUUCUGGGAUGUAGCCGAUUGUGUGUGGCUGCGGGCCACUCCUGUCCCCUGUCCACGGGUCACCUUAGCCACCCCAUUCCCUUCCCGUUGAGAAGAAUCCACCGAGAUCUAUUCUUGACCCCUGCUCUUCCGGAUGAAGUUGAGGGUCAGCUUGUCCUCAGGGCCCACCAAUAAAAACCCCGCUGAGAUCACGAAUGGAACCCACCA